AUGUUAGUCACAGCUCGAAUCGAAGAGCUGUCUCAGGUUGCCGAUCUGGUAACGAUGAAGCAGUGCUCCCCUGUGAUCACCAAGCCAGUGUCGAGUCCCGUUGGCGUAAUAAUACGUCUAGGUGAAAUAUUGCGACAGCCAAGUCCGGUCAACCAUGAGGAAUCUGUCGACAUCGAACACCCACUUUGUGUAGAUCAAAUAGCGAACCCCGAGUGGAAAGACGGCCAGCGUUGCUGGGAGGCCAAGGGGAAAUGUGCUCAAUUGUACGCAGAAGCAAAGAUCAAGCUACUGAAAGAGUUGGACCAGUCUCGACAAGAGUCUUUCCGUGAGAUCUGUGUGUCACUUUUUAUGGUGGGAAAGACGCCUGGAAAAGCGAAACCUAUGAUCAUAAUUUCCAGCGAAGACAAACAAUCACGUAAGGAAGCCAAAAAAGCCAUCAUCAGAAGCGGCGUUCUAACGGAUUUUGGCUUCGAAAUCGGGGUGCUUAAGUAUCUCCCAUCAGGCCCCAUCCAUCCUGUCGCCGGAUCACCUAGUGAAGCAUGUUGGAAUUCAGCAUCAGAAUCCGAAGGAUUGGGUUCGGAUACUUGGAAAGAGAAGACGUCCAAUUCUGCUUUCCAUUCGAAUACGCCUGUCUCUUUAUCUGCCUACUAUGAUUCGAAACAAGGGCUAAGAAUCACCGGAAUGCCCAUAUACGUCAAGACAGCAGAUGGUCGAUCAAGAAUGGGAACAGCCAAUGUCGUGCAUAACGGAUCCAAAUACGGUUAUAUCACUGCAGCCCAUAUUUUCGGUCCUCUGCAUCAAAGCCCUUCGUCGAUCGAUGAUGACGAAGAUGAUCUCGGUAUACCAUUCGACAGCGACAGCGACGAUGAGGACGGCGAAGAUGAUUUGAACGAAAAGGCGUCCUUCGCUGGGGUCUUGCUGUCAGAUUCAGUGAGAUCAAGAGAAUCUCACGUCUUCCACGCAGAUGGGUUUGGUCUCGGAGGAGAUACUAGGCCUAGAGAUCUCCCCGAAGUCUCGAUAGAUCUGCCGCACGAUCUGGCUUUACUUGGUCAUCUGGAGUCUGGCCAGGAGCCCGAAAAAUCUUUGGAUUGCGCGAUCAUAACCAUCGAUGACCCUGAACUUCAGCUGAAGCUUGAUAGGGCUAGGAUUCUCGCAAGAAAUGAUGGCUUUCAUGUGUCGACUUCUACAGCCGAGCCUGAGCCUUCGCUGGCUAUAGCAUGGACCACUCAUGGUCAUGUUCAUGGCACUCUCAACAAGGUCCCUAUCUUGAUGCGCCUACAAGGGAGCAUGUCAUUCAAAUCCGUAUAUACAUUUGUGUACAAGGGUGCAAUCAAGCAUGGCGAUUGUGGAUCACUGGUCCUCGACACCAAUAGUGGAGCAUUGUACGGCAUGAUCAUAGCUGCUGCGGACAAGCAGCCCACUGCCUACAUAGUAGCGGCGAAAGCAUUGAUGAACCAUGUCGCGAACGCAGGAUGGCAUUUGCUGGAUGCCAAUGAUGAUUACAUGAACUCUAACGAGAUCCAUGACGAGGAACCACAAGCGCAAUCGCGACUGCAACCGCGACUUGAACACACAUCUCAUGAGCCACUCAUGCCCGAGCCGGCUAUCAGAAGUCGUGACAAAGCGCUGAUCCGUGUUAGCGGUAUCGGUACAUAUCCUGGUCGUGGAACUCUCAAGGAUGGAUGCAACCCAGCCGAACACACAAUCGUGUACUUUUCCGGGACUGAUCCUGCAUCAUGCUACAUUCCCGGCGAAUAUGAACGCGGCAUGACCAAAGAGCCGAUCGAGGUUGUGCCCGCUGAACCAAACGAGAAGAUCAGGAGAGAGUCUCGUAUCCGAUUCGGCAAAGUGUAUCCAAUCGAGAUGAACGUCAAAGUCAAAGACAUUGGUCGAGUUCGCGAAGACCAGAUCAGUGCACUGAUCAGCUACUGGGCGCAGGAAAACCAUACGCCGACUCUUGCGUAUACUCCUUCAUCUUCCACCGCCUUCUCUUUGAACAAAUGGGAAUCGGGCGGGUUUUCCUCUCAACGUUUGUAA